AUGGACUGCCUCCUCUCCUUGGAACAUCGAAUAAUGGACACUUAUCGCCGGAGAAGAGUGCUCCUUGCAGCAUUCUUCGACAUCAAGAGUGCAUUUGACUCUGCUUCUCAUUCUGCUGUCCUUCAAAGUCUGGCUCAACUAGGUCUCUCGGGUCCGGCGUUGAGGUGGUUCCAAAACUAUCUACAGGGCCGCUCAUUCAAAGUGGCGGUUGGUGGAGUCGUCUCUACGUCCCGCCCUGUCUCGCGUGGUGUCCACCAGGGAGCGAUUCUCAGCCCACUAUUAUUCUCUAUUCUUCUGUCUGAUCUCCCGGUAUUCCGGGGGGUCCAGGUUUUAGCCUAUGCCAAUGAUGUAACCCUCGUGGCGGAUGGUGCCACUCUCCUAGAGGCACAACGCUUCCUGCAAAAUGCCGUGACUGUGUUCUCAGCAACUGUGCUGGGGAAGGGGCUCUCCAUUAACUCUGUGAAAAGUUGCGUCAUGAGUUUCACCUGGACCCGCUUACCAGACCAGCCAGUGGUGACCGUCAGGGGCUGUUGUCUCCCGAUCGCUACGGAACACAGGUGGCUGGGGGUCGUUCUAGAUAGCCCUCGGCUGACGUGGAGGCAUCAUGUGGAUUACCUUCGGGCCUCAUGCCUUCGUCGCGUGAACAUCAUGAAACGGGUCUCUGGUGCGGCAUGGAGAGCUUCACGGGAGUCGCUCCUAGCUCUCUACAAGGCCUUCAUUCGUAGCAGGAUCAUGUAUGCGAGUGAAGUCUAUGGCUCAGCAGCAGCAUCUGUCUUGGCAAGGCUGGAUCCCAUUCAAAAUGGUGCCCUUCGCUCAGCGCUAGGAGCUAUGCCCUCCUCGCCAGUUCUUUCUCUCCAUGCCGAGUCGGGGCUAUGGCCCCUGAGCUUUCAACAUCUUCUCGCCCACUGCCGCCAAUUUAAACGGAUAGUGCGUCUCCCUGCUACCAAUCCACUUACUCGCCUCCAGCUCGAGGCUAACUGGUGGAAUGUGCCGGCUGGACACUCCAGACGUCACCUACGAGCCUCCUUAUACUCUGGAUACUUAGAGGUUUACACGGAUGGGUCCCGCAAAGAUCAGCCACCAUCUACAUCUGCGGCAGCAUACUUUGCUCCUUUUUCUUUCUGUCAGACGUGGAAACUCUCCCCUGCUCAUUCGUGCCUGGCCGGGGAACUGUUUGCAAUCUUACAAGCCUUACGACUCCUUCGACAAGUUUCAGGACCCUCUGCAGUGGUUUUCUACGUGGACUCAGUUACAGCCUUACAUCUGAUAUCAUCUCGGCGUUCACGAGUCUAUCGUCAUACUGUGUCACAGAACCGUGGAGAACUGCUGUCAUACUCUGGUACUCCAGGUUGGUCCAUCUAUCUCCAAUGGGUUCCGUCACAUGUCGGUAUUAAAGGCAAUGAGGUGGCCGACGCAGCAGCAGGGAUGGCGCAUGCUCUCCAUGACUCUACAAAUGUGCCUCUAGACCUUUCUGAAAUUCUCUCGCAACUCCGGGCGGCUUGCCUCGCGAGUUGGGAGGCAAUGAUGGAGCCAGCACUCAGGUCCUCCUCUUUGGCGGGUCUCCGGGAGGAUUCCUCCCCGCGUCCAUGGACUCGUCAUCAUUCUCGACUCCUCGACACUGCCAUCACUCGUCUCCGGAUUGGGCACACUUGCCUGGCCGCACAUCUCCAUCGUCCACGGCUGAUUGGAAAUGUGUUUUCUUUCUUCAGUGAAUUGAGAACCAUUACUUCUGAAGCACUAAAGAAAAAGUGUGAACGUCUGGCUAAUGUGUCCCGAAGACCUGAAUUAUGA